AUGGCCAACAUCUCGAUAAAUUUUUGUCCCGCCGAUGGAUAUCAAUUUCGUGCAGACGAAGGAAUAUGUAUUCAUUGUGGUUUUAAUAGGGCAAAUAAAGUUUUGGCACAAAAUCACAAUGUGAAUAAUAAAAAUCCUUGGCGUAAAUUAUUAUGGGUAAAACAAGAAUAUCCGGAUAAUCAUGUAGACAGCUCUUUUCUUGAAGAGUUACAGAAAAAUGCCAACCUUAGAACAUAUGAUUAUUGGACGGUUGUAAUGGAGUCGGGGGUAAUUUCACAGCAUAUUAGCAGUAUAGUGAUAUUUAUAGCUGUUUUUAUAUAUCUUUAUUUGGACAUGCUAUCCGCACAAAAUCUGAUUGUUAUUGGAACAAUUUUCACUUCAAUCGGAUAUAUAUUUUGGGAUUUAAGCAUAUUAAAGACUGAUCCUUCCUAUGAAUACACAAGAAGGCAAACUGCAAAAGGAGCUAUUCUAUUUUUUGCGACGCUGCUUGGAUUAUCGCCGAUUCUUAAAACAUUGACCAAGGAUACUAGUAGUGAUACUAUUUGGGCUUUAACAGUCAUCCUAUUUCUGGCCAAUAUGCUGUUUCAUGAUUACGGAUCGGGAAAUCGAACAAAUAUCAAAUUUCCAGGUUCAUUAUCAACCAAUGCGGCGAUUUUUGCUUCUGUGCUCUUAGCAUCGCGAUUACCCUCUAAUUCACACGUGUUCGGGCUAAUGUCCUUUGCGGUUGAAUGGUUUGCACUUUUCCCUAUAUUUAGAAGAUAUACAAAGAGUUUAUCUGCAAAUUUUAAUGUGGCGUUAACGUGUCUGCUGUUUUUUCUUGCGACAGCAUUGUUUCUACGUAUCUCUAAAGCCAUCGUGAUCUUGUAUAUUUUUGGGAACACAUUUAUUACUUUUUGCUGUCCAUUUUGGCUUAUUUGGAUCCAGAAAUAUAAAAAUGAAAUACAUGGUCCUUGGGAUGAAGCGAGGCCUAAAUUGCAGCACACGCGUUCUGCAGCAGAUGAAUAA